AUUAAGUCUGUAGAGAGCUCUACGCAAGCUAUGUAAGGAUCCCCGAUUCUGUUCUUCUGUUCGCUUUAGAACAGCAGGGCAGGGAAAGCAUCUGUGAACUAUUUCAAUCAACAUGGCCGAUACCUUGCGUUAUGUCUACAAAGUCGUCGAUGACUGUGUCAUUGGGACUGACGUCCAUCUGCCUGCCCCAGUCUCGCAAGAGCCCACUGCCUAUCCUGUUUUGUUUAUGAUUCACGGAGGCGCAUUUGUUCUUGGUUCCUCCAAAAUGGUAUCUGCCGAUCAGAUCACUGAUUGUACGGAACGCGGGUGGAUUGUGCUCGCUCUAGAUCAUCGCCUCUGUCCGCAAGUGAAGCUUCUAGAGGGUCCUAUGCAGGACUGCCGCGAUGCUUUGAAGUGGGUUCAAAGUGGAGGGCUGGACAAGGAACUAGCCAAGGACCCCAAAACCGCCAUGUACAAGGCCGAUCAAGACAAGAUCGUUGCAUAUGGAACCUCAGCUGGUGGACAUCUGGCACUAUCUAUGGGAUUUGACGUUGAAAAACCUGUCCUGGCAAUUCUCGACUUUUACGCUCCCAAAGUCUUCAACGAUCCGUUUUGGACUUCCACGAUCCCGUCCCUUGAACGCAUGCUUCCCAAGGACUUGACUCCUGAGUUCCUCAACAAAGUAUAUGACGAAAAGCCGGUCCCUAUAGAGGGUGGCGUGUCUUUGGAAGGCCAGGCUACUAAAGGACCGAACUUUAGCGAUCCCCGCCAGGCUUUUGCCUUCGUCAACAUGGCCUAUGGAACUCUUAUGAGGACGAUCCACCCCUUCGAUGAUGGUUAUAAGCCGGUCGAUCCCUAUCUCAACGUUUCCAGCUCAUUUCCGCCCACAUUUGUUGUUCAUGGUGGCGCUGACGAGAUGAUUAUACCGCAAAUGAGCCGGCUUUUUGUUGAAAAGAUGCGUGAAGUAGGAGCCACUUGCGAGAUGAUCGAGAUAGCGGGUCAGCCUCACAGUUUCGUGGGCCGUAUGCAGAAAGGCGACGAGACAUGGAAUCAGCAAAGAAAGGGAUUUGACUGGUUACAGUCAAUCAUCGAGAAAGGAGUUCCUGCGCAGAAAUAAAGCAGCAGUAUAGGGUUGCAGUUAUUUAGUGCGGAAAUAAUAAAUCUUACGUAAUAGCUGAA